CUCAUCUACGAGCCAUGCUGUGGCUGGAGGAAACAGAACAACAACUCAGUCCAGUCUGUCAGAGAGAGGGAGUCAACUCCACUCCGAAUCGGGCAGCUGGUUGAACAGUCAAAGAUGAGAAGAAGCAAAGGUCAAAGACAAGACGGAAUAACUUGUCCUCUAGUUGCAGAGAGGUCUUUGGUCUCCGAGUACUGCAUGCAUUCUGUAUGGCUCUUGGAGUUUACUCUCCCGUCUUGUUCCCAUGUCUCGUGCACAAAGGGGUAAAAUACUGCUGUGUAAUAUCCCGUACCAAUAUCGGGGAGGGGGAACAAAACAAGACGCCGGCGGCUGUUCUCCCUAUUUCGAGGUCCCCCGUUCCCUUUUUUUCGCCUCUUGUGCCCCUGGCUUGGCCACUUUGUGUUCUCUUCCCCACCAAAGCCGCCCCUCCACGGAUGAGCAGCAGCAAGGAUCAUUUCUCCUCCAAGAGCACACACAACAGGGACAAGGGCAUGCUCAAAAGGCAGCAGAAGAGCAGCAUCGUCACCAAAAGAAGUUCUCGACAGCCGACGUGGAGAGGCCGGGGUAGCUCAGGAUCGGGCAUAGCGCCGUUUCAAGCCCGUCCACCCUCCACCAGCGGUAGACGCCUUCAGCGAGCACAGCAAGGGCUCAAAGAGAAAUGGUUUGAUGGGGUUCGCGUCACAGAGCUGGGCGCGUUGCGACCCGAUCCCGCAGCGGCACUGGCUAUGGUUGUGCGUUGGUGGCCGUUGGUUGGGUGGCAGUUGUUCCUGCGGGAGAUGAUGAGGACGGGGAGGGUCCAGAUGGGCGAGGCGCUUGUGACUCUGUCUAAGGUCUUGACUCUGGGCCAUGACCAUUUCCCUCUCAUGUCCUACAUUGUCAUUUCAACUACGGUAGCUAGACUCAAAACCUUGGACCGGCGCGUCUGUCUGGAACUCUUCUAUGACGGCAUCGAAGCGCUCACAAAGAGGUCUCCCAUGAAAUAGUCAGGUUCCUCGAAGUGGCUGGUCCUGGGCAUUGACUCUGUACGACCUGUCAACUGAAGCCAAGCCACAUACAUGGCGUUCUGUAAGCUUGGGCUACCAUCGGCCCCCCUUCAAAGUUUUUCACC